AUGGACAAUUAUUUCGACAAAAGUACUUUGCAUGGAUUAAGAUACGUCGGAGAUAACACUUUAACUUUGGGCGAAAGAAUUUUUUGGUUACUCUCGUUUUUAACGGCAAUCGCAUUCGCAGCUUAUUUCAUCAACAUUAUUUACGCUAAAUUUAAUAACAGCCCGGUUAUUAUUAGUUUUAGCCCGACGGUUGUUAGUGUUAGUGAAAUACCUUUUCCGGCGAUUACAAUUUGCAGCGUUAAUGUUGUUAAAAAGAAAGAAACUGACACUGAAAGAAUACUUCUCGACGAUUAUUGCCACACAAAUUACACAGCUGGAAAAACAUCGGAAGAUAUUGAUGAUGUUGGUGAUUGGGAAACGUUAAAAUCUUUUAUUUUAAAUGUGACUCAAUCUUGCCCAGAAAUGUUAAAGAUGUGUGAAUGGAAACAAAAAGAAAAGAACUGUAACGAUAUUUUUAAUGCAAUUUUGACAGAUGAUGGAUAUUGUUGCACUUUUAAUAGGUUACCAUUAAGUUAUAUAUUUAGAAAUCUUAAAGAAUUAAAUGAUCUUAAUGAAACCUAUCCAAAAUAUGUUCAUGAUUGGACACCUGAGAAAGGAUAUAAUUCAUCGGUGUCAUUAGAAGCACUUCCUUUACGAUCAGCUGGAGCAGGAGCACAUCUUGGUUUAACUGUAAUUUUAGACGCACAAGUCGACAGUUACUAUUGUACAACAACAAGCAGCAUCGGUUUUAAAGUUUUAUUAUCAAACCCGAUUGAAACGCCAAAAAUGGCCGAUUUUGGAUUCUUUGUUCGUCCGGGAAUCGAAGCUAGAAUCGUUGUUAAACCGAGAAAAGUCGAUUCAACGGCUACGUUACAAAGCAUCGAUAUCGUGAAGAGGCAAUGUUUUUUUCCGCGUGAACGAUAUUUACAACUUUAUCGUACCUACACCGAAAGAAAUUGCAAAUCGGAGUGUCAAGCGAAUAAAACUUUGGGACUUUGUAAUUGUGUACCAUAUUUUUUACCAAAAAAUCGAACGGCGAGAAUUUGUGGGAAGAAACACGAAGUUUGUGUGCAAAAAGUUAAAGCACAACUGGAGAAGCCAUCGUUAACACCGGAAUGUAAUUGUUUACCUUCAUGUUUUGAACUUUCUUACGAAAAAUCGAACUCUUACAAUACGAUUUCUGUAAAAGCUAAACUACGAGAUGAUGUAUUAAAAUCGGAUUCUUUAGAAUAUUUCUCAAUUGUUCAUUUUUAUUAUAACGAAAACAGCUUUAACAAGCGCAUUAAAAGUGAAAUAUACGGAUUUUCGGAGUUUUUAUCGAAUACAGGUGGUUUGCUUGGUUUAUUUUUGGGAUUUAGCUUCUUAAGCGCAGUUGAAAUCGGAUAUUACAUUGUUAUAAAAACUUUGGUUAAG